GCAGUUUCUUCACCUCCGCACUUGCUUGCAUUUGGCACGCAGAUCGUUGUUGUCAAUGCAUUUCAAGACUCAAUUCCUACAGGCGCGCAUAGACUCACAAUACGAGCUCCGGAAAAACACUGAUACCAUGAUUGGUAAAUACUUGAUCGUGUUAUACAUCUCAAGUUUGCUAUAGCCAUCGCGCUGCCUUCAACAAUUCUCCCGUUGCAGCCUCGCCCGAAGUCAGGCAGCUUAUCGAUAAGCCCAAAACAGCAUUCAGCUCGGGGCAAACACCCAAACGGCGAGAUUUCAGUGCCAUGGUCCAAGAAACAGACGUCCUCAGCAAUUGAUGGAAAAUGGUCAACCGGCUAAUAAUGAAACUAUUGCUGUUUCGAAACAGCCCCAUGCAAAGUCUCAGUGCGACAGGGGAUAUAGCCCUCGGACCCACAGACUCCGGAUCCCUCAUUCGACCAUUGAUGGACAUUAUCGGCUGUUUAGAGCAAUGGGUUGACUACCGGGUGAAGUUGUUUGGACUCUACGCAUGACAAUGAUCUGUGCAGGAUGGCCACUUUGGGAAACCCUGGUGAGGAGUAUUCAGGGCUGGCACGGGUGAAGCUUCGGCAGCUGAAAAUCAGGGCAACGUCUAGGGAUACGAGAACUAUAUAAUAAUCUUCAAUUCUUCACCUUCAAGAGAUUCAAUUCUUCUUCAUCACACAAGGAUCUGCUAGACAGAACCAACUACCUUCUUCUUCUUCUUCUCCACCAGGAAACUCAAGAACAGGCCCGGUCCUUUCGUUCACAAUGCGAUCUCUUCUCACCCUCACCCUCGCCCUCUUCGCCUCAGCUGGGCUCGGCGACGCUGCCUCAGCUGGCUGUGGCAAGCAGCCUCCCUCCAGUGGCGUCAAGACCAUGCAGGUCAACGGCAAGAACCGCGAGUAUACCCUCCAGCUGCCCAACAACUACCAGAACAACAAGCCCCAUCGUCUCGUCUUCGGCUACCACUGGCUCAGCGGAAACAUGGGCAACGUCGUCCAGGGCGGUUACUACGGUCUUCGUAACUUGGCUGGCGACUCCACCAUCUUCAUUGCUCCCAACGGUCUCAACGCUGGCUGGGCUAACCAGGGUGGUGAGGAUAUCACCUUCACUGAUCAGAUGCUUGCUUUUGCCAAGCAGAACCUCUGCAUUGAUGAGAAGCAAGUCUUUGCUACUGGCUUCAGCUACGGUGGUGCCAUGAGUCACAGUGUCGCCUGCUCCCGACCCAACGACUUCGCUGCUGUCGCUGUCAUCUCUGGUGCUCUCCUCUCCGGCUGCAACGGUGGCAACACUCCCGUCUCUUACCUCCACAUCCACGGAUCCGCCGACAACGUUCUCAGCAUCCAGCAGGGCCGACAGCUCCGCGACAAGUGGAUCGGCACCAACGGCUGCCAGCAGAAGCAGGUCAACGAUCCCGCGCCCGGUGCCCAGAACUACGUCAAGACCUCUUACACGUGCAGCCGCAAGCCCGUCACCUGGAUCGGCCACGGCGGUGGCCAUGUUGCCGACCCUACUGCCAACGGUCAGAAGUUCGCCCCUGGUGAGACCUGGACCUUCUUUAACGCCGCUGCUGGCAAGAGCGCUAAGCUCCGCUGUUAAAUAAGUUGAGUGUUCGCGAACUUUGGGGACAGCCAAUGCUUUGGCUAUCUCUAAGUCAUGCACUUGAGAAGUGGGGAGGGAGAUCUUACAUUCCUUGUACAUUGCAACCUGGUGGAAGUAUUAUUAUAUACAAAUGGUCCAGUCCUACCGAGGGAUCCAGCACAUCCUUCACCGUACAUAGUUAAACACCUUGGUGGACUCGGAUGACAAUACAUCACAGUAUAUACUCGCACAGCAGAAAGACC